AUGAUCCUGUACAAUGAAACUGAGAGCAGCCCCUUCAGGACUGGCUCUGAUUUGAAACCUGGGAAUGAAGAAACAUUGGAACAGCUAGAAGAUCUCAAGUUAAAAUUAAUGCUGGGCAUCUCAAUGAUGAGCCUCUUCCUUUUCCUGGUCCUGUUGAUAUUCUGCUUUGCCGUGCUGUACAAACUGAAGAAACUCACUGAAAAGGAAUGCAGUAUUCAAUACUCUAUCAACCCCCAGCAUAUUGAGAUGGCUUACUUCCAGGCAACAGGAGGCGUAUCAGACACAUCUUUUCCUAAGGGUGCGGAGAGCAACUCUGGUCUCUGCCUUUCCAUUGGUUUCAAAGGCUACUAA